AUGGCUCUGCCUCGCCCACAGCUGCGCGGCGCUAACCUGAGCCCGCUGAACUCGCUGGGCCUCCCGGCGGGCGGUCGCGCACACGCACCCUCCUUCCACGUCUUUGCCUCCUCAAAUACCAUCCCAGGAACCUUCCUCUGGGAAGAGGAGAAGAUAGAAACUUCUGUACCAACGAUCAGCUUCUCAGGAAGGCAGGCACCUGGGAUCGCCUGGGUGGAGGACUACGGAGCUCCCUUGUCGGCCACUGGUCUCAGGGCUGCGGGAGAUGGGGCCCCUGCUGCCUUCUUCCAUGGGGCCUCGGAGGAGAUAAUUGUACCGGAAACCUUUGACUUUGAGCUGGCUCCUAAGAGUUUUGAGGAAAUAACCAAUUUCGGGAGUGAAAAACUGGUUGGGUUCCAUGUCUCUGGAAAGAAGCUAAUGCAAGAGUUCAAGCUUAGCUCAAGUCAUACUCCAGUGACCAUGAAGGACAAAGAUUACUGUGCCAGGUCCCCCACCUCAUUCCCUCUGAAUGCUAUGGAAAGUCCCAAGAGGCAGGAGCUGCAAAAUCUGGGGAGUGGAGCCUGGGACAACCCUGCCUACAGUGGUCCCUCCUCCCCACAUGGGACGCUGAGGAUCUGCACCAUCUCCAGUGCGGUACCAUCCAAGCCCCAACCCAAGAAGCCUGAAGAUGGACCCCAGGAGAAAUCACACAGGACCCUGGUUUCCAGCUGCUGCCUCCAGAUCUGUCGUGGUAUCAGAGGACUCUGGGGAACAACCCUGACUGAGAACACAGCUGAGAACCGGGAACUUUACGUCAAGACCACCCUGCGGGAGCUUUUGGUGUACAUCGUGUUCCUGGUGGACAUCUGUCUUUUGACCUAUGGAAUGACAAGCUCCAGUGCCUAUUACUACACCAAAGUGAUGUCUGAGCUCUUCUUACAUACUCCAUCAGACACCGGAGUCUCCUUCCAGUCCAUCAACAGCAUGGCGGACUUCUGGGAUUUUGCCCAGGGCCCACUACUGGAUGGUUUGUAUUGGACCAAAUGGUACAACAACCAGAGCCUAGGCCAUGGCUCCCACUCCUUCAUCUACUAUGAGAACCUGCUACUGGGGGUUCCGAGGCUGCGGCAGCUGAGGGUCCGCAAUGACUCCUGCACGGUGCAUGAGGACUUCCGCGAUGACAUUAUGAACUGCUAUGACGUCUACUCUCCAGAAAAGGAAGAGCAGCUCCCCUUUGGGCUCCUCAAUGGCACAGCGUGGACAUACCACUCAGAAGAUGAGCUGGGGGGCUCCUCUCACUGGGGCCGGCUCACAAGCUACGGUGGAGGUGGCUACUACCUGGACCUUCCGGGAUCCCGACAGGCCAGUGCAGAGGCACUCCGGGACCUUCAGGAGGGCCUGUGGCUAGACAGGGGCACUCGGGUGGUCUUCAUUGACUUCUCCGUCUACAAUGCUAACAUCAAUCUUUUCUGUAUUUUGAGACUGGUGGUGGAGUUUCCAGCUACAGGAGGUGCCAUCCCAUCCUGGCAAAUCCGCACAGUUAAGCUGAUCCGCUAUGUCAGCAACUGGGACUUCUUUAUCAUUGGCUGUGAGAUCAUCUUCUGCAUCUUCAUCUUCUACUAUGUGGUGGAGGAGAUCCUGGAGCUCCACAUCCACCGGAUUCACUACCUCAGCAGCAUCUGGAACAUUCUGGACCUGGUGGUCAUCUUGCUCUCCAUUGUGGCUGUGGGCUUCCACAUAUUUCGAACCCUCGAGGUGAAUCGGCUGAUGGGGAAGCUCCUGCAACAACCAGACAUGUAUGCUGACUUCGAGUUCCUUGCCUUCUGGCAGACACAGUACAACAACAUGAAUGCCGUCAACCUCUUUUUUGCCUGGAUCAAGAUAUUCAAGUACAUCAGCUUCAACAAAACCAUGACCCAGCUCUCCUCCACACUGGCCCGCUGUGCCAAGGACAUCCUGGGCUUUGCCGUCAUGUUCUUCAUCGUUUUUUUUGCCUACGCCCAGCUCGGCUAUCUGCUUUUCGGGACCCAAGUGGAAAACUUCAGCACUUUCAUCAAGUGCAUUUUCACUCAGUUCCGGAUCAUCCUUGGGGACUUUGACUACAAUGCUAUCGACAACGCCAACCGCAUCCUGGGACCUGUCUACUUUGUCACCUACGUCUUCUUCGUCUUCUUUGUGCUCCUGAACAUGUUCCUGGCCAUCAUCAAUGACACAUACUCAGAAGUCAAGGAGGAGUUGGCUGGACAGAAGGAUGAGCUGCAGCUUUCUGACCUCCUGAAACAGAGCUACAACAAGACCCUACUGAGACUGCGUCUGAGGAAGGAGCGGGUUUCAGAUGUGCAGAGGGUCCUGCAGGGUGGGGAGCAGGAGAUCCAGUUCGAGGAUUUCACCAACAGCUUGAGGGAACUAGUGCACGCAGAGCACAUCACUGAGCUCACAGCCGCCUUCACCAGGUUUGACCAAGAUGGGAAUCACACGCUGGAUGAGAAGGAGCAGGAACAAAUGCGACAGGACGUGGAGGAGGAGAGGGUGGCCCUCAACACUGAGAUCGAGAACCUGGGCCAGUCCAUUGUGAGCAGCCCACCAGGCAAGUUGGGUGCAGAGGCUGCCAGAGCAGGUGGUUGUGUUUCAGGAGAAGAAUUCUACACGCUCGCAAGGAGAGUUCUGCAGCUGGAGACUGCCUUGGAAGGAGUCGUGUCCCAGGUUGAUGCUGUGAGCUCAAAGCUGAAGAUGCUGGAGAGGAAGGGACAGGUGGCUCCUUCCUCAAGCAUGGGGGAACAAAGUAUUUGGGAGCACCUGCAGCCAGCUCCAGCUGUGAUUCCAGCCCACUGGAGAGUCCAGGGUGGGCAGGAGAGUGGUAGGGAGGGGUCCUAAAGCAUCAGACAGCUGACUCCUCUCUCACUACUGCUCCAGAAACUCCCUUGGCACAUGCCCUCCACUUCUAGGGUAGCAGUUCCCACCACUGCUGCUGUUGAGUCCCACCCUGUGUCUGGCGUUUUGAGCCAAUGUUUCUGUGUGUAGCUGGGCAUCAUGCUUAGGGUUGUGACUCAGUGUUUCUGUGUGUAGCCAUGUAGCUCUGUGAAAUAACAUUUCCCACUGGGCCUCUCACUCUCUGUGCUCCUAGCUCUGCUGUGAUAUUUAAAAAUAAUAAUAAUUAAAAACGUCAAUAACAAACAGAAUAAAGGAUGGAAAGGAGGAAAUGACUUUCUCUAAGCACCUGGAUAGCCAUGAUUUCUGAAAAAAGUAGAAGCUGAGGGAGUGGCAAUAUCUAGACGUGUUCCUACUUGCCAGUGAAACAUCCUUUGUGCAUGUAGAGAUCUUCUAUUAGCACUGGUGGGUUCUUGUCUUCCCCACA